UCUAAAUAAGGAAGCAGGGCUGUCAGACAUAUGACCACCGUCCCGAUUUGGGCGCUGCAGAGUGCCCAUCGCAUCCCAUGAUCGCGCGCAAGCCGUCCAAUAAGGCUCAGCAUGCGACCCCCAUUUCACACGUGGAGUGACAGCAGCGUCCCAUCAUCAUUAGUCCGGCCAGUUCUUCCAAGCCGCUCGCAACUUUCUCUCUCACGCUCUCUCCUCCCCCUCCCCUAAUAUGAUGUCAUUUAAGGAUGAGGGUGGCUUCUGAGGUGAGAUAGGGAUUUUGGUGAGUGGCAUUCUCCACGACCCGAGGCUUUGGAGCUGCAAAACAUGGUCAUCACCACCUUCUCCACCUCAAGUCGUGUGUCCGCGCUCUCUCCCCGUUCUUCUGCCGCUCUCAUCUCGGGCCACCGUCGCAUGCCCGAAGUCCUGACCUGCCUCGCUAAAUUAAGCCUGCACCACCAUGCCGAGGGAAGAAAAUCUAGAAGAGGGGUAUUUUUAGUGCCAUUAAUUUUGACCACGUGCCCCGAAGGUAAACCCGAUGGCCAUUGCGCAAAGGCUCCUCAUCAGUAUGUCCUGCGAGGCCAACGCGCAACACUGGCCAAGGACUGCCGUUCUGCUCUUAGGAUUGCUCCUAGUUGGGAUUGUGUCCUCCAGUCCGCUUCCGAGUAGGACUAAUAGGACAACUUUACUGGAGAAGCGAUGGGAGAGUCUCUUCUCCCGCUCCGUGCUGGGGAUCUCUGGAGAGAGACCAGAGGCUAACUGGGAGAAUGACUAUUUGCUGGGCAUCAAAAGAGUGCGGAGGCUGUACUGCAAUGUAGGCAUCGGGUUUCAUCUUCAGGUCCUCCCAGACGGCAAGAUAAACGGUGUACAUAAUGAGAACCAGUACAGUCUCAUAGAGAUCUCCACUGUGGCCAGAGGAGUGGUUAGCCUGUACGGUGUGAAAAGCGAGCUGUUUGUCGCAAUGAAUAACAGAGGAAGGUUGUACGGAACGGCUACCUUUAAAGACGAAUGCAAGUUCAAGGAGACCCUGCUGCCAAAUAACUACAAUGCCUAUGAGUCCUCCGUUUACAAGGGAUUCUAUGUCGCUCUCACCAAACACGGCCGAGUGAAGCGAGGCAACAAGGCCACCACCGCUAUGACGGUCACCCACUUCCUCCCUCGAAUAUGAGCAGACUCUUGCAAUAAUUCUUCAUUUGCACUGAUCUCCCUGAGAGAUCUGAAAACAGACUCACAAACAUACAUUGAACUGCAAGAAUAUCACAAAAAUAGUACUUAUGCUGUUUUUUUUUAUAUGUAUAUUUGGAUAGGUCAGCUUUUUAUUAGGAUAUCUGAAUAUGCUAUCCGUCGCUGCUUACUUCUUUUAUUUAAAUAUAUGAUUGAUUAUGGAUGUGGAGGCUCUCCCAGCCUUCCUCUCUGUAAUCAGGUGCUUGCCAAGAAUCAAACAGACUUUAGGACGGAUUAUUGAAGUCCUCCUCGGCUUUUUACAGUGAAAUUAUGUUUUUUAUUACCUCAAAGAGCUGCCUAGAUGGUUUAAAAGGAUGCAUGAAGUUACGCUUGUUAUUUUUAGUUCCGUUUGAGCCAACACAAGCAUAAAAAGUCUUUAUUUUAUUUAUCUUUGACUUUAUUUUCUUUCUGCUUUUCUCAUGCUGUGGGGUUGUGUGAGCACUUAUAAGGAAGCUGAUCUCUCUUGCUGCAUGUCACGCUGAGGUGCCUUGGCAUUCCCACACACCGCCCCUUUAACAUGCAUGCUCUGAACGCCCCGGGGCGUCAGAAAUAGGGCUGAUAUGUUAGCCAGGGCCCCGCGGGGACUGUCCCACAAGGGCCCCAGAGAGGGGCAAGGGGGAUGGGUGUGCAUCUCUGCUUUAUUUUACUUUUCUCUAAUUAGAGAACACCGCAUGAGACGCGAGAGCAGCUCGUAAACACUAGUCAUCUCUGGUGUUCAGCAUCAUCUGAUGUCGACUCAGAAAUGAGGUGUAACUUUAGCCCCUUUCACCUGGUAUUCACAGUAAAUUGCCGUGAAAAUGACCAGAAUUACUUUUCCAGUAAGCUGUGGCUUUGUACUGGUAAGAGACAAAUUACCUGUAAACUCUGUAGUGUCAGUCAUCGAAAAUGACACAGUACUUUUUCUUCAUUGGCUCAUAUGUGAAGAUGCGUUUUGGUUUAACUAUCUUUUCAGUUUGAUAACAUUUUUUGACUUCUGAGUGACAAGCGUAAGAAGAUUAUUAUGGAAACCUGUUUCCUCCACGAAAAAAAAGUUAAUUGCGUCUUUUUAUCUCUUAUAAUAUGGCCGUUUUUUCUCAUGAUUGCGAGUUUACAGCUAGUAAACAUUUAGUAAUUCUGAGAAGAAAAGUCCAAAUUGUAAGAUUUAAACUCACAAUUUCAAUGAAAAAAGCCAGAAAUUUGUGAGAUAAAAGAGUCACAAUAACAUUUUUUAUUUUUAAUUCCAUGGCAGAAACAAAAAAGUCAGAAUUGCGACAUGUAAACUUAAAAUGCAGAGAUAAAAAAGGCAGAAUUGUGAGAAGUAAACUCAGAACUCUGAAAAACAUCAGAAUUGUGCAAUUCUGAAAAGAAAGGUCAAAAUUGUGAGAUCUAAACUUGCAAUUGCGAGAAAAACGUCAGAAUUGUGAGAUAAAACUCAGAAUUUUGAGAAAAAAAUCUGUUAAAAAAAGUCGCAAUUACCUUUUUAAUUUUUUUGUUCCCUGACAAACAGGCUUCAAUAAAUGAUCACACAGAACAUGUUUUUGCUCUUAUGAACACAAAAUGCCACACAAUAGUAACCAAAAUGCUGCUAGAACUGACUUACUGGUAUUUUUUUUUUAAAAAGAUCACGUGAUCUCUAAAUUGUAAUUUACCAGUAAUUUUCAGUAAAGAUGUGUGAAAGGGACUAUUAUCUUUUCUAGCCAGACCCUUAUUGGAGCUUUGAGGCUGUACAUUUUAUUUGUGAACUAGACUGUUUUUGCAAUCAAAAUGAAAUUUUUUUAAAGAAAAAGAGAGAAAAAAAAACUAAAAAGUGAGAAAUCUACAGGGGAACUGAUACAAGCGCACACUGAAAAUGUUAAAAAUGGCUGGUUCAACUAUACUAUUGCUUACCAUAGGUUUGCCUGAGCAAAAGGAGCACUUGAAAAUAAGCUUUAAUUGUCGCUGUGAAUGAGAAUGUCUUCUAAACCAAUGAAAAUACUGUAAAUACUGACUGUACACUGAGAACGCCAGUAGCCUAAGCUUUGUUGCUUGUUGCUAAAGGCAUACUGCCAUCAAUGAUGGUAUUUGAUUCAAGGGAAUAUGUGCGGUAUAUGUUUAUAUAUUUUUGCUUCUGGUGUGAUUGUAUGCGUGUGCACCUAUCCACGUGGAUGCCUUUGUGUGUGUGUGAAUCCUGGUCAAGGAGUCUGGAUCUUUCCUGUUGCUGCAGAGGCAUUGCAUUGACACUCGCCACUGCUGCUCUAUGUUAAUGUAAUUACAGGGUAGACGCUGUGUGGCAUCCGAACUGAGGGACGCUCACUGUUUUUUAUGAUUUUGGUAUGUCUGCCUUUGUUUGCAUCAGUUUCCAUCACCAAAUGUGGCCCCACCCUGUUCUUGAACCUUUACCUCAUUUGGUGUUUCCGGUCAAAAAUGUUUUUGAAAAUUUGCCUUUUGAAAAUGGCUUGUAAGUCACUCAUUAACACUAUAUUAUCACAAAAUCUUGGAUUGAAUCUUUU